GUCGUGUCCUAUCCCUGCAACAAACUUCCGCUUGAUUGACAGUUGAUCUGUCAAACACUUUGCUUACUCUUUCCGGUUUUCAACUUGUGGCACUGAAGUUCUGUUUCUGCUAAAGCAGUAAUCUCCCAACACAAUGGCCAAGUCCAAGAAUCACACCAAUCACAACCAGAACCAAAAGGCCCACAAGAAUGGCAUCACCAAGCCAAAACGCCAGCGUAAUGAAUCGACCCGUGGUAUGUGCCAGAAGUUCCUGCACAACCUGCGAUUCUCCAAGAAGGGCAAUCUGUCCCGCGAGGAAUCCCUGAAGCGCGCCGAGGAACGCAAGGCCAAGUUUGUCGGACAGCCCGCUCCGGUUAAGCUGUAAGCUGUUUCCUCUUGAUGGGUGGAAGCUUCUUUUUGAUCCGUGAUCAACAAUUAUUAUUAACUAGUGCGUUUGGAUCGUAUUUCCGAAACAGUGCGGUUGAUGAGUACAAGUGAGCAUAAUAAGUUCAAUGCGGAAUAAAAAAUCAGUUGGAAAUUGAAAAA